UUAACAAUGUUUAGAAACAAGUGGAACGUUGAACGAAGAGGACGUGCGGUGCGCAACCAAAAGUUUUAAACUUCGCGCAGUGACUUUAGUGAUACCAGAACGUUCAGUGCGUACACAUGGUUCGACACUCCGGCCACGGCAUGGAGACUACUUUCUAUGACGAACAGUUUCCCUUGAGCGGCCCUGUGGAAAAUCUGAAACGGAACCUCACCCUGGACCUGGAUAUGGGAAGGGGUGGAAAGAGAGCGCGAAACGGACCCCCUUUGCUGUCUUCCCCGGACCUUCAACUUUUGAAACUGGGAUCACCCGAGCUCGAGAAGCUCAUCAUCCAGAACGGCAUGAUCACAACAGCGACACCUACACCCGGCGGGCCGGUGCUCUUCCCCGCCGCCACCGAGGAACAGGAAAUGUACGCCCAGCCGUUCGUAGAGGCGUUACAUAAACUACACCACACCGAACAGCCGACAGUCGUGUCGCGGCGAGUGUACGCGGACCUCGACCGGCCCGUCGAUCGCUACCCGACACCCAUGAUCAAGGACGAGCCUCAAACCGUGCCAAGCGCUUCCAACUCGCCUCCCCUCUCCCCCAUAGACAUGGACUCGCAGGAGAGAAUCAAACUGGAACGGAAGAGACAGAGGAAUCGAGUGGCCGCGUCCAAGUGCAGACGGCGCAAGCUAGAGCGUAUCUCUAAGUUGGAGGAUAAAGUGAAGCUGCUGAAGGGCGAGAACGCGGAGCUGGCACAGAUGGUGGUGAAACUAAAGGAUCACGUGCACCGGCUCAAACAGCAGGUGCUGGAGCACGCGAACGGAGGCUGCCUCAUCGAGUCGCACUUCUGAUCGCCUCAGCGUCAGCUCCUCCACAUUCCAUGCUAGUCGCGCCCGCUAGGACGCAGCAUACAAAGCGAUUUGUGAUCUUAAUUUUACUGUGUAAUAUAUAGUUAAAAAUUCUAGUGUAAGGUGUUGAAGUCGCUACAUUAACGAUAGUUCAGAGAUUAGGUUGCCAGUGAUGUGUCGAGGCGAAACCUCGAGAACGAGCUCCCGAUCUCAGUGGAUCUUCAUUCGAGGGAUGUACUUAGCGUAAUCACGCGUCCGAAAGCUUAAACUCGCAUUGUAAGUUGCAGAACAAAUUGUUUUCCUUGUAUCAGUAUUGCGGUGCCUCGUUUAGAAUAGUGUAGAAAGGAAAAUAUACCGUGCAACGUCAUUCGCUCGCGUCUGACAGAACGAGGUAACGCGACGUUGCCAGUUCUACGGCGAAUUUCCCGUUUCAGCGAUGUUGCCGCUCUUGCCGUAUCGAGGGGAUUUCCAACAGUAAUUCGUAUUGUUGCGCGACGCCCGAAUGUAAAUUUUUCCCUUCAAUAAGUUAUAUGGGGGUCAUUGGGGUUAAAACGCAAUAUAUGGAACACGCCUCCAAACAGGUUUUGACAGGACUUGCAGGCGUGUGUAAAGGAGAUAGCGACAAGAUCCCCGAACUGGCAACGGCGCAUCAAACCAAGUUACGAGCGGAUGUUCUGCUAAUUAAAAUUCCGCCUGCGCUGCCCUCGCGGAAUGGCGGCCAUGUGUUCAAUUUUGUUGUCGGACGCCCCGAAUCAUGUUAUGUUACACAAGGUUAACUUUUCAUUGUGGCACACAAUGGUGUUUCGACGCCAUUGUUUGAUUGAGUUAGCUGAAUGUGUUCAUUAUUAAACGCUUAAUGUUUUAAGACAUAAUAAUGCUGUAUGUAAGACUGAUCGAGUGUGAGUUUCGAUGUUCGUUUGUCUGGCUGUGCGAGCGUGCUUUGCGCACUAGUAUUUUCCCUGACACGUCGAAGUUUUCUGAGAACUGACCCGGUGCUCUUAAAUGUAGGACGCGACUUAAGUUAUGCGAGGCCGUCCGUAUUAUUAUGAUGAUGGACGAAUGUGAGCAUUUCAUAAUCGAGCGACCGAUUGAUAGUGAGAGAGUGAAUGUGAGAUGUAUGUAUUUAUUAGUGAGAAUGUCUCCUACGACUAGGAUGAAGUAGCAAUCUCGAGUGCCUACGCUUUGUAAACUAAAGCCUUUGUUUUAAUUGUUUUUGUUACCAUUAAUGUGCUACGGUAAAUUGUUCUGUACCAUUGUCUUCUAUAGAUUAUUGUAAGUAAUAUAAUAAAUACCAAUUAACAAGUUGAAUUGUUAUAGACUUUUUAAUGGGGGAGCUAGCUGCAAAGACUUAAAAGCCUGUAAAUGAUUUUCUUUUUUAUAAAAUUAUUAAUGGCUAGCAAACCUAAAUACAUAUUUGUAUUAUUUUAUACAAAAUUCGUCAGAAUGUUAACAGUAAUUUGUAAGUUUAUAAGAGAUAAAUAAAGAACAGUUAUACUAAAAUAAUAUAUUUCUAUGAAUGUAACAAAGAAUAUUGUUUUAUACUGAAUACAUUAUUGUAUGCUAAAAACGAAAGAAGAGAAAAUAAAAUAUGAAGAUUAUUAUACUAUUA